AUGAAAUACGCUAAACAAUUAUCCUUAAGAACUAUUCCCGGCUGGUCGGAACAUUACAUAGAUUAUAGAAAACUCAAAAAAUAUUUAAAAGAUGCUUUUGCUGAGCGCGAGAAUGCUUCUCGAUCAGACACUGAAAAUGACCAAAUAAUGUUAAAUGAGGCUGUUGACAAAUUUCGCAAGAUGCUAGUUAUUGAAUUAGAGAAAGUCAAUAGACAUUACGAAAAAAUCGAAGUCGAGGCUUCUGCGUCAUUAGGGGAACUUAAUUCCAGGUGGCAUAAAGGUCUAUCCCAAGAGGAGCAAGAUCAAUGGCGAAAAGAUAUGACCGAAUUGUUACAGACGCUCGAAUAUCUUCAUGAAUUCGCUAAUACAAACAUAACGGGAUUUCAGAAAAUUUUGAAGAAAUUUGACAGGACCUUUUAUAAAACAUCUACAACCAGCGAAAGAGACGAGAUUUCUCAACAAGUCCAGUCAAAUCUCAGGACGACUCUCCAUAGCGAACCAGAAAUAGUCAUCACAAAUGCAAGCGGUCUUUACAAUUUGACGUGCAUUCCUAGCCGAACAUCAACCGCUUCUCCGAGCUCGAAUCUAAACAGAUAUAGUUUUACUCCGAUCGGAAAAGAUCUUUGGGCAUUAGUCACAACAUAUAGUUUUGUAACGAGUGAGCGUGACGAGGCUUUGUUAUCUCGUGGAAGACAGAUAUGGAGAAAACAUGUUCCACUGUCGCCAGCUGCUACCCCUUCUUUGCAGGACUUGUCGUCAUUGAAUGUGGAGGAUGCAAGCAUUCCGACUAUGACUUCGUUGGAUUUGGAUGUACUUCCAAACGGGAUAAUAUCGUUGUUAUGGGUGAUACUGGCUGAAGACGGUUUGGGUUUACCAUUAAAGGCUCCGGUUAUGGUUGCCAAGGGAGUUAAACCUGGUCCAGUUGUCGGUUUGACAGCGGCUUUACACGGCAACGAACUAAACGGGAUUCCAUUAAUCCACCGCCUAAUGUCUCAAGAGCUCGAUUGUACCGCUCUACACGGCAUCGUUGUUGCAGUUCCCGUGGCCAACAUCCCUGGCUACCUUGCCAGCCAACGGACGUUCAGUGAUGGUACAGAUCUUAAUCGCGUCAUGCCUGGAAAACGCAACGGCACCACGUCGCAAGUGUACGCAUUUAAUUUGAUUGACCGGAUCGUGAGUAAAAUGGACUAUUUGCUUGAUUUGCAUACCGCGUCAAAGGGAAGAGCGAAUUCCUUGUACGUUAGGGCGAAUAUGGUGCAUGAAGAAACUAGAUGGAUGGCAAGGUUGCAGAAUCCGCAAAUUAUCGUACAUAACACGUCGCCCGACGGAUCUUUGCGUGGAGCCGCAAUGGAGAGAGGAAUUCCUGCGAUUACCGUCGAGAUUGGAGAUCCAUCUAAAUUCCAGAAACGGUUUGUUCGAAAUGCUUUACAAGGG